AUGGCGCGAGAACAGGAGAAACGAGCAGCAGUAGACGACGACGACGACGACGAGAGGCCGCCCGUCGUCGUCCCGGACAAGAACUACGGCUUCCCGCGCGACGCCUUCGACCCCUCGCUCCUGCCGGACUUCGACGUCGACUUCCUUUCCCCCGAGGCCCGCGAGGCCUUCAUCCAGGCCCUCUCCGCCCCGGACCCCGCCCACAGCACCGAAGACGUCUCCACCAUCCGCCUCGGCAGCCCCAUCCCCGGCAGCGCCAAGCGCAGCAGCUUCGACAACAGCGUCACGCGCCGGCAGUCGAGCGCAAUCCCGGAGUCCGGGGGCAAGGGAGGCGGCAAGGAGGAGGAGGAGGACCCCCAGGAGGUGGCUGCGCACGCCGCGGCUGCGGCGGCGGACGUCUCUGCGCCUUCGCUGCCGAAUGGGAAUAGCGUAAAUGGCAAUGGCAGUGGUAAUGGGACUGCCAACGUGCCAAUGCAGCCGCGGGACAGCCUGUUCAUCACGGCACAAAAUGACUGGGCGCCGGUACACCAGAAAGUAGCGAGGUCCGGUACAUCAGGAGGAGGAGCUGGUGGUGGCAGCAGCGGAGCUACAGGUGCCAAGGGGCACGGCAAGCGGCGGCACAAGCGUCCACGGACGGCGCGGCCGGGGCGGCGCACCAAGGACGAGACGCGCGAGGGCUACCUGUACGGGCUGCUGAAGUGGCCGUUCCUGCUGUUCGUGAGCGGGUGGGUGCUGGGGCUGGCGAUGGCCUACGUGCUGACGCGGUACUACAUCUGGUUCUACGAGUACUUCAUCAGCUGGCGCGGGCGGCGCGAGCAGCUGCGGCGCAACAUGCGCGCCACGUCCGGCUACCGCGAGUGGCGGGCCGCCGCGCGCGAGCUCGACGAGUUCCUUGGCAACUCGGCCUGGAAGGAGACCAACGAGUUUGCCUACUACGACUGGAAGACGGUGCGCCGCGUCUGGGACAGCCUCAAGAAGAGCCGCGAGAAGGCCGAGGCCGUGGAGAGGAAGAUCGCCGAGGGCCACAUUGUCGAGAGCGACGAGCGCCAGGACGGCGAGAAGGCUGUCGAGGCGCUGAGGGCCCUGCUGACGGCGUGCGUCAAGAAUAACUUUGUUGGCGUCGAGAACCCGAGGCUGUACUCUCAGACGUACUACGGCACCAAGAAUCUUGUGCAGAACCAUGUCGACGAAGUGGAGAAGAGCCUCAAGUUCAUCCUGGAUACCAAGCAGAUGCAGCUCGACGACAAGCGCGAGCUGUUCAGGAGCCUACAUGGCAACUAUGGUCGGACAGCGCUGUGCCUGUCGGGCGGGGCGACCUUUGCCUACUACCACUUCGGCGUGGUCAAGGCGCUGCUGGAGGAGGACCUCCUGCCGGACGUGAUCACGGGGACGAGCGGGGGCGCGCUGGUGGCGGGGCUGGUGGCGACGCGGACCAACGAGGAGCUGAAGCAGCUGCUGGUGCCCGCGCUGGCGAGCAAGAUCACGGCAUGCUCGGAGCCGUUCACGACGUGGUUCCGGCGGUGGUACCGGACGGGGGCGCGGUUCGACUCGGUGGACUGGGCGCGGCAGUGCGCGUGGUGGACGCACGGGUCCAUGACGUUCCGUGAGGCGUACGAGCGCACGGGGCGCAUCCUCAACGUGUCGUGCGUCCCCGCCGACCCGCACAGCCCAACCAUGCUGUGCAACUACCUGACCAGCCCGGACUGCGUCGUGUGGUCGGCGGUGCUGGCGUCCGCCGCCGUCCCCGGGAUCCUGAACCCCGUCGUGCUGAUGAUGAAGCAGCGCGACGGCACGCUGGCCCCGUACUCGUUCGGCCACAAGUGGAAGGACGGCUCCCUGCGCACCGACAUCCCCGUCAAGGCGCUCAACCUCCACUUCAACGUCAACUUCACCAUCGUGUCGCAGGUGAACCCGCACAUCAACCUCUUCUUCUUCAGCUCGCGCGGGUCCGUGGGCCAGCCGGUGACGCACCGGCGCGGGCGCGGGUGGCGCGGCGGCUUCCUCGGCUCCGCCGCCGAGCAGUACAUCAAGCUCGACCUGACCAAGUGGCUCAAGAUCCUGCGGCAGCUGGAGCUGCUCCCCCGGCCCUUGGGCCAGGACUGGAGCCAGGUCUGGCUGCAGGCCGGCUUCGGCGGCACCAUCACCAUCUGGCCGCGCAGCGUCGCCAUGGACUUUGCCCACAUCCUCUCCGACCCGACCCCGGCCCGCCUCGCCCGCAUGAUCCACGAGGGCCAGCAGAGCGCCUUCCCCACGCUCAAGUUCGUCGCCAACCGCCUCAAGGUCGAGAGGCUCGUCGAGCUCGGCCGCCGCCAGACGAGGGGGCUGGACCUGGUUACUGGUGGUAUCGGGGCUGGCAGGGGCAGGGAGAGUAUUCUUGAUGAGGAGGAUUUCAGGAGCUUGCUUAGGGGCCGUCUGAGUGGUCAGGGGGGUAGCGGUGAGAUUGAUGUGACUGGUGGUAGUAGUGUCACUGCCACUGAGGACGAGACCACCGCCGAUGAGAUGGAUGUGUCGUUUGCGGAGAGCGCUGUCAUCGAUGAUGAAGAGGAAGAGGAUGAGGACGAGGAGGGAGAAGAGGACCCGAGAUUUGAGGAUGACAACGAGGAGGUGCUGGAGAGCGUAGAGGGCACCGGGGACGGGGAGAGGGAUGUGCUGCUUGAGGUCGAUGUCAAGGAGGAGCAGCGGUAG